AUGGUGUCUCCUCGAGGAUAUGCUAUCCUCGAAAAUCGAGAAAGUGUGACUAAGCCUCAAAGUUUUGAUUUUGAGAUGAAAAUCAAAUACGAAGGCAUCAGGAAUCCGUGCGUUUUAAGCUGGACUGAUCUGAGCUAUAUGGUCAAAAUCAAGCAAUCUCCAGAAUUGCCACGUGGUACCAAGACCAUUCUAGACCGUGUCAGCGGUCGAUGCGCACCAGGAGAAAUCACGGCCAUCAUGGGUCCAUCUGGUUCCGGUAAGACGACGCUUGUUGACAUGCUGGCCGACCGUAUCAGUUCUGCUGACGUGUCUGGCGUGAUUGAAGUCAACGGUGCGAAACGAGACUCCAAGACAUUUCGAGUUGUCACUAGCUACGUGGCUCAAGAUGACACCUUGCUGGGCUCUUUUACAGUGAUUGAGACCAUGCGAAUGGCCGCCAGGCUAAGUGUACCGAGUUCCGUCACCUCGCACGAAAUUGAAAUUCGUGUGGAAAAUAUUAUGGACGCUAUGGGUUUAAGCACAGCUCGUGAUACGCUUGUCGGAGAUAUUUUUCGUAAAGGAUUAUCUGGUGGUCAGAAGCGUCGUUUGAGUAUCGCUAUUGAAUUGCUGUCAGAUCCAAGUAUUCUCAUUUUAGAUGAGCCAACAAGUGGACUUGAUUCAAGUGCAGCUCACAAUGUAAUGAAAUUUGUGUUAAAGCUCUGUGCCGAGGGUAAGACGGUGGUUUGCACGGUUCACCAACCAUCGUCAUUAGUAUACGAAAUGUUUACUAAUGUCAUUAUUCUGUCGGCUGGACAGACCGUAUAUUGUGGACCUCGGGCAACAAUUAUCCCACACUUUGCCUCACAUGGAUACGACUGUCCACACUACAUGAAUCCAGCUGAGUAUUUUAUUAGUCUCGUCAACACUGAUUUCGACGACCACGCUGAAGUGUCCAAGCUCAUUUAUUUGUACACACAAAGCACGGCAAACAAGCAUGUUCAAGAUGCUAUCAAUCGAGACCGAACGAAUCUCACGCAUCUGCCGAAUAUUCAAAAACGACCACCGUCUGCUCUUCGGCAAUUUAAUGUCCUCAUGCACCGCAACAUGAUCAACAAUAUUCGCAAUCCCGGCAUCUAUUGGAUUCGGCUAUUCAUGUAUUUCUGUCUGAGCUUAAUGGUGGGUACAAUGUACUUAAGCUCGAACAACGAUCUGUCAGAAGAAGAUCUGGUACCGAUGCUAUUCUAUGUACAAGCAUUCCUGGUAUUCAUGUCAGUCGCUGUGCUACCAUUUUUUAUCGAACAACGUACAGUUUUUGCCCGUGAACGAGCAAAUAAUUCGCUUAGUGUAUGUUUUGCUGAAUCGAUGAUGCACGUUAUUGGUGCAGCUGUUCCUCACUACAUCAUUGGAAUUGCUUUAGGUGCGGGCGUUUUCGGGAUGUUCAUGCUCUGUGAAGGGUUUAUGGUCCCUCGCAAUUCGAUCCCGAGCUACUGGAAAUGGGGCUACUACCUAGCAUUUCAUUCACUAUCGUUCGAGUCUUUUGUUUUCAAGCAAUUUGAAAAGUCAACAACAAGAGAGGGGAAGGCCAUUCUGAUCAAGUAUGGUAUGGAAGAUGUGGAUGUCACCUGGGAUAUGUUUCUACUGGUAGGGUACAUUUGUGCUUUCCAGACAAUAUUUGCCUUCAUUUUAUGGAAAUUUCAUACUGGUCGUCGCUAA